UUCUCGAUUGUUCGUCUUUUUCAACCAGGUAUCAGCUUUGGAUGAAGAUUUAGGCAUCAACAGCCAGCUUACCUAUUUCAUACAGAAUGAAGAUAGUGAUGGUUUGUUUUCCGUCACUCCCAAAGGCAUGUUUCAAAUUUUACACAGUCUGGACAGAGAGAGGAAAUCAUUGUACUUGGUAACCAUCAUCGCUGUUGAUUCAGGAUUGCCGCCUCUAACAGGAACUCUAACCAUAAAUGUCCUUGUAGAUGAUGUCAAUGAUAACCGUCCAGAGUUUACGGAGGUAGUCUACAACACCAUAGUGUCUGAGGACAGUCCCACGGGCACUGUGUUUGCCAUGAUAACUGCAUCUGACAAUGAUGAGGGUGUCAGCGGGGAAAUAAGGUAUUCCAUGGAGAACCUUGAUGUGCCGUUUGCCAUUGAAAAAACAUCUGGAGAGCUGUUUACAACCAAUGUCUUGGACAGGGAGACAGUAGCCAUUUACAGGUUAAUAGUGAUUGGCAGUGAUGAGCAUCCCACUCAGCCUCUGUCAAGCUCAGUGCUUGUUACUGUUCUCAUUGGAGAUAUUAACGACCACUGGCCCCAGUUUAUGAACAGCCCCUACGUGGCCUAUGUGCCCACUGAGAUGGCUCCAGGCUCAGUUGUUUGUGCAGUUACAGCAACAGAUGGAGAUACUGAGAUGAACGCAGAACUGCAUUAUUCGUUAUAUGGACAAAGAUCUGAUCUGUUUUCCAUCGAUCCCUACAGCGGCACUGUAUUCGCUUCAAGUGCUCUCCAGGGAAUGAAAGAUAUCAUUGUCAAUGUACAUGUGGAAGACUCAGGAGAAAAUCCUAAAUUUGACAUCACUACGAUCAGUAUCCGGUUUCAGAACUUCUCUGAGUUUCCAGAGAUGAAUGUGGAUGUUGUGAGUGAUUCCUUCUCUGAGGAUGAGCCAGUGGGAACAUUAGUGGCAGUUGUCUCCGCAGCGAGCAUCAGGGCUGAACCUGUCUCUUUUUAUUUAGCUUCUGGAAACUUUGAAGACAUGUUUCAUGUGGAACAACUGAGUGGCGUGUUGACAGUGGAGAACCCUCUGGAUUAUGAGACCAAAAAGGAAUUGACUUUGCUAAUAGAAGCUAGAGAUUCUGGCUCGCCUCCUUUCUCAUCAUUUGCAGAAAUUCACAUUAACAUCAGUGAUGUAAAUGAUCACUUCCCCCAGUUCACCCAAGCCGAUUACAGGUGUGAGGUGUUUGAGAACUCCCCGCCAUCCUGGGUUUGUGAUGUUCUCGCCAUUGACUCUGAUUCAGGCAGCUACGGCACAGUGCAUUGA